AGCGAAGUUAGUAUGGCACAGGCCAGACAAGCUGCUUCACACCCAAUGAGCUGGCAAAUUGCUUAAGUCAGAAGACGUUAAGUUUAUCGCAAUGUAAAAUGUGUUUGACGGGGGUUUUGAGGUGGCGUGAAUUACAAUUACAACCUAAUGAAAAAAUAUUAUUUUUCGCUAUAUUUUUGAUAAUCAAACCGGUAAUGAGGUCCUCAAAUAAUGUUCACCCAACGGCAUCUAACAAUAUAUCAAUAUAAAAUCUUAUCACUGUAUUAGCUGUAUGAAAAUCAAAUUUCUGUGACUUUGGCCGAUCGUCCAUUAAAGAAGAAGAGCAAGCUCGAUUAACCGCAUUGACCCGUCGAUUUAUUUAUUUAUUACGAAUUAAUUUAAAAAAAUGUCCGCGAACGAUUACUACGUCGCAUUAGAGUGCAAGGACUUGCAGGCGAACGCUAUGUCCGUCGACAGCACCGGCACGUACGUGCUGCUCGCCGGCAGACGGUGCAUAGCGCUCCGGAAUCUCAACGAAGAGUUCGAAACGGUCAACAAGUUCCCGAGGCAGAGCAAAUACGACGUCGGCGUCGCGGAAUGGAACCCGUCGUCUCACCACAAAGAACUAUGCGUCAUUUCCAGCAACGAGAGGAUCGAAGUGCUAACGUGGCGCAAAGAAACGCUAACGCAAUCGCACGCGCUCAGGGCCCACACGAGAGUGAUAACCGACUUAAACUGGAGCAAAUUCGACCCGAAUUUGCUAGCCUCGUGUUCCGUCGACACUUUCAUACACGUAUGGGACUUGAGAGAUUCGCGACGUCCGAUCUUAUCGCUGUCCGCGGUGGCGGAAGCGUCGCAAGUGCGAUGGAACCGGAUCUCCCCGUAUCUGAUCGCGACCGCGCACGAGGGCGACAUUAAGGUGUGGGAUCGCAGAAAGAGCAGCGUACCUAUACAGUACAUCUCAGCGCACGUGGCCAAAAUCCACGGCCUCGACUGGAGUCCCAACAACGAAAAUCAAAUCGCGUCUUCGAGCCGCGACAACACGGUCAAAUUUUUCGACAUCACCAACCCGAGACGGGCGGAAUUUGUGUUGAGCACCAACGGCCCUGUGUGGCGCGCGAGGUACACCCCGUUCGGUAACGGUUUGAUAACCUCGGUGGUGCCGCAACUGAGAAGGGGCGAAAACAGCCUCCUCCUGUGGAAUGUGGCGAACCGAGCUGCCCCCAUGCACACGUUCGUCGGCCACCGGGACGUCGUGCUGGAGUUUGAGUGGCGCAAUUACAAAUCGGGCGGGCCCAAUUUCCAACUGAUCACGUGGUCCAAAGACCAGACCCUGCUGGUGUGGACGAUCAAGCCGUUCCUGCAGAAACUGUGCGGCCACGAGCCCGCCGACCUGCAGGACUACGAGGACGAGGUUGCGUCGUCGCCGACGGUCAAAAUACAACCGCUCCAACAGGAGUUCUCGCUGCUCAACGUUCACAUCCCGAAUUUGGAUGUGAAAAGCAUGGACCCGAUCGGCCGUACCGUCACGGCGUCGACGAGGACCAGCAGUAUCUCGGUCAACCUCCAGGUAUCGUUCCCGAACGCUUACCCGCACGGGGUACCGCCCGUGUUUCAGGUACUGCCAGGCACCAAUGCCAACGAUUCGGUCAAGGCGCAAGUGUUGCAAACUUUGAACCACCUCGCGCGCCAACGGGUGUCGAAAAAUCGCACGUGCCUCGAACCGUGUCUCAGACAAAUGGUAACGACGCUCGAACAGCUGUCGACCGACGUCGAAAACGACCGGACGUACGAACCGCAGUACAGCGUCGUCACAUUCGGCGGCUACAACGACUCCUACAUCCCGUUUCCGAAGACGUCGGGCGCGAAAUUUUGUUCCGUCAGCGCGCUAGUUUGUUUCGCCCGGCCGGUAAUCAGCCGACGAAAUAAAAACGAAUCGGCCAACACGCCCCGAGCGUUAUCCGCCCUCGAGACGAUCCUGUCGAAGAUAGCCUCGCCUGAUCACAUGACCGUCUCCGCGUAUUACUUCGAGAAACAAAAACAACGGUCGCGGUCUAGGCACGGACCACCGAGCAAAACGUCGAAAGCCACGGUUCACGUGUACGACGCGACCGGUUUAUUUUUCAUGAACUCGCAGUUGGCCGAGGAAUACAUAUUGGACGGCGACAUAACCACGAUUUGUAAACACAACGCGGCGGCGGCCGCGGUCGUGGGCAGGAGGGACCUCGUGCAGGCUUGGACGCUCGCGGAACUCGUCGUCGGUCAGAUACGGCACAAAGACGGCACGUUCGGCUCCCAUCCGUUCGGCACGCGACUCAUGGAAUCGUUGAUCAAGCAUUACGCUUCGCAAUUCGACAUCCAGAUGGCGGCCAUGUUGUGUUGCGUGCUGGGCAAAGACGACAAGAACGCGUUCGUGAAAACGUCGACUAGUCCGCCGGCCAGCGCGUCGCUCACGACGAGCGAGCCUUCGUACCAUUGCAUCCCGUCGGCGGACGUCGUCGCCGAAAGCUGGCUGCCCAGACUGUUGAAAACCACGCGGUCCACCUCUUUGGACAACCUACGAGUGCAGAAAGUGUGCGCGCCGUCGCGAGUGCCCGCGCCAAACUCGUACGUCGCUUUGUACGAGUAUUACAAACACGCGUACGCAGAAACGUUGCACCGGUGGCGGUUGUUGUAUAACCGCGCGGAAGUGAUGAAGUACAUGGCCAACUCGAUCGACCGUCACAAGGGCGUCGAGUUCGUUGUAUUCUGUGAACAGUGCCGCAACGCGGUGAAGAAUAACGUGUGUUGCGGGUGCAAGAAGCUGCCGAUGCACUGCAUCAUUUGUAACGUGUCGGUGCGGGGCGCCGUCAACUGUUGCGUCAUUUGCGGACACGGCGGCCACACCGAACACCUCGAGGAGUGGUUCAGGCGAAAAGAGGUGUGCGCCAAGUGCGGGUGCAAGUGCCUGAUCGAGACGUCGGUCGUCGUGGGCAGUUAGUGCCGCGUCGUGACCUCGCAAGGCGAAACGCUGUGAUAAUACCGUGCCGCGAAAUUUAAUAAACGCAUUCGUUAGUGUUGCAAAGCGAACCGUUUUCCGUUCGAUCCCAGUUGGAAGUUUAUGUUGUGACGCUAUCCACCCAAUGUGAAAUUUUCAUUUUGUGUGCACUUGCGAAUCAAAUCGCCGUAUCGCGUUUCGGUGUUCUGUGUCCCCCGACCGUUGUGCCUGAUUUUAAAUAUCGCUUUUCCGUGUCAAGAUUCAAACUUUCUUUUUCCCAUCCCAGUUAUCGCAACGGCGAAGUUACGUCACUCGGCGACCUUUUCCAAAACGCAUCAAGCGCUCUUUUUUACGUUGUAGACCGUUUAGUUGAUUUUUUUAUUUAAAGAGUGGGUUUAAACAGAAUAAGAUAUUUACAUGCGAACGUAAUUUUGUUGCCAGUUGUUGUAAUA